CCAACAUAAAUAUAUUUUCAUAAAGAGAGGCUUGUUUAAACGUAAUCUAAACUGUGCUUAGAGAAGUUGAGGUCUACCGCGUUUACCACGUGGUUCCACCAAUGCUUUCACAGCGCAGUACCUGUAAGAAACGAACAUUCCAUUGAACUUUUUCGGGGACUACUUCUAUUUCUACACGAACACAUUUUUUUUUAUGUUUAAAUAUUGGACUUGAGAAUAUUUUGGCACGAAAGAAUAUUAAAAAUUACCUCGUUAGUUUAAUUUCUACCGAAAGAUGCAGAUUUGAAAGCAUAAAUAUUUUAAUAAAGAUUCUGUGUUGAAAAAAAUUUGAUUUACGGUUCUGCAGCGACGGUCAAUUGCUACGUUCAAAGCCUCUAAUUACGUACAGCAGCACUAUGACAAUCAUGCACGAAGCCUUUUUAGAAUUGCGAGGUGAGUUUCCCGACUUAGAUGCGGAGGUGCGCAGCAUUCUUUUGGCCCGUUCGCAGGAGGGAGCAACAAUUUCGGAUAUCAAAGAAGAUUACCGGAAAAAUACAGGUAUAAAGUUUCCGAUUUAUCAAAACAUCACCGAAUUUCUCCUCUCCGUUCCCUACGUCACCGCGUUUUGCAACGAAAAUGGUAAGCUCAUAUUCAAUGUGCGGCCGUCGACAAGGACAAAGCACAUUUAUGAUUUGGUACAACAACAAAAACCCCAACAGCAGCAAUCACAAACGUAUAAGCCGAAACAAAUCGAAUCUCAAUGCAGCGAACGAAAACGAUUUGAUCCAUGUCCCAAUAUCAACCACAAAGAGCAGAACAACGCGUGUCAUGAGCUUUGGCGCAGCCAGAAUAAACAGUUUUAUCACAGAAGAAACUACCAACACAUCAACAAAAACCAACACAUUAAUAACAACAAAAUUGAUAACGAAAACUGCAUGCCGAUAACUACUGAUGUGGUGCAAACGGAGAAAUUUCAAGAAAAAAUAACAAAUUUACCGAUCAUAGACAAUCAAAAAAGUGUCGGGAGUGACACUGAGGAAUCGAACAGCAACAAUUAUUACCAAGAUAAUUGCAAUCACCUUUUCAAUCGGCUUUAUAACCAACCAAAAGUGCCGCUACAAAGUUCUGGAUACAACUUAAGUGGUAACUACCAAACAAAAUUCAAUUCCCAGACGUCUCAGUUUGGAUCAAUUAAACAGCAGAACUAUGUGAACAUGAACAACCAAGAGAAACACCUUAAUGACAUAUUCAAAGAGCCGGUGGUUAGAUCAAUAUCGCGAAGUGCAGGUCGACCAUCUUCACCCUUCUGCACUAAAAGCAGUCGAUACGAGUACGAUUCAGUUUAUGCAUCAGAUUCCGACUACGAAGCUCAUCUUUUGGACUUUCCUUUAUUGGGAGAUGAUUUUUUCCUGUUUUUAGCGCGCAUGGAAUUGAGGUGCAAAUUCAAAAAAAACGACAAAGUACUGCAAAGUGGGCUUUGCGUAUCGGGACAAACUAUUGUUGGAGCAAUAAGGCGCAUUAAACAGUUAGAAAAUCAAUGCAAGAGUAUUAUUGUUAAUAUCGGAUCGGUGGAUAUAAUGAAAGGGCGUCCAUUAGUGCAAAUAGAGCAUGAUUUCCGUGAACUCGUUAACUUACUGUUCAAAAAGGGAUUCACGCCAAUUUUAACGACGCUGGCCCCACUUGCAAAUUUUGCGCACGAUAAACAGGUUAAAUUUAAAUUGGAGCGUUUUAACCAGUUCAUCAAAAAAGAGGCUAAAUUCUUGGUAGUCAUGGAUAUAUGGGCUUGUUUGGUAAAUGAACGCGGUUACAUACUAUUCGAUUGUUUUCAAAACGAGCCAAGGAUGGUGUCGGGUACAUCAGAGCCGUACGUUUUUUGGAACAAAAUUGGUCGACAACGGGUUUUACAAUUAAUAGAGUCCCUUUUGGAAUACUAGUAUACGAUAUUGCUGGAAAUUUUUACUCAUCUGGCCAAAAUUGAUAAAUAUUUUUCUGUUCGUGAAACUUUUAUAUAUCUAAGUGUUAUAUUGUUUAUGAAGUGUCUUACUUUUUAACUUGUUCAGGUUAAGUAAAGUUAUGUGUAAUUGUGGGUAUGUAUGUAUUUGUUAUGUUGUUGUGCUAAGCAUAGCUAUGAGUAGAUUUAUUCAAAAAUUCUUAAACUUCUGAAUAAUAAAAGUAGUAUAUACGUACAUAGUUGUAAGGUUGACUUGUUCUGUAGAAUGAUUCAAUGUAUUCAACGUCAAAAAAUAGAUUUUUUAGGGAUGCUUUAAGAGUUUUAUUCUAAUAUAUAUGAGUGCACAUUAUAUAUUAGCCAAUAAAACUUUUAAAGAUUAUACUAUUUAUUUUAAUUCAUAGAACACGCCUUUCAUGCGUAAUGUAAUCAAUUUGGCUUUUACAAAAUCAAUACCGGUGUUGAUUUUUCAAAUAUUGUUUAAGCUAGAAUAGUUUAUGUUGAAGAAUAAUUACUUAAGGUUACACACAAUAAACAAAAUGCAUGUUAUAAGGUAAAUAUGAACGAUCCAAAUAUUUUGUUUAUGCUUAAGUUGUAACAAUAUGUGCUUAUGUUUAUUAUGUAUCUGCACGCCUCACUUCUGUGAGGAUGUAGAGUUUUGCAGUGUAUUUGUACCAUAAGCGCAAU